AUGAAAGUCACCGCAGCUUCUGCAUCUCUUUUGGUCGUGGCUGCCCUAUCUGAGCUCUGCGUAGCCGUACCUGCCAAACGUGGUGACAGCGGUGCCCCAACAGACAUUCAGAUUCUGAAUUUCGCACUCACGCUUGAACACCUUGAAAAUGCCUUUUACACGCAAGGCUUGCAGAAGUACACCCAACAGGACUUCCUCGAUGCAGACCUGCCAGCUUGGGCGCGUGGACGAUGGAACGAAAUCGCACAACAUGAGUCGACCCACGUGUCGUUCCUCGAGAGCGUAAUUGGCGAUCAGGCAGUACAACCGUGCACCUACAGCUUCCCUGAUACGGACCCAAUGUCUUUCGUAACGACAAGUUUCAUGUUGGAGACAGUCGGCGUAUCAGCAUAUUCUGGAGCGGCGCAGUUCUUGGCGAAUUCGGAUUAUAUUACGUCUUCGGGUGCCAUCCUAGCUGUUGAAGCAAGACAAUCAGCCUGGAUUAACUCAGCGGUUUUGAAAGCUAACCCGUGGAACACUGCAUUUGACACCCCACUGGACCUCGAUCACGUGUGGACCCUUGCAUCAGGCGUCAUCGUGUCAUGCCCUUCCUCUAACAUGCCACUGCCUGUGAAAGCGUUCCCCGCAUUAUCCUUCCCUGCCGAUGCUCAGCCAGGCAAGACCGUCACAGUCUCUUUUAACGCAACAACGACCUCUGAACAACUCUAUGUCGCGUUCAUUGCUGGCCUCGGAGCUACUUUUGUGCCACUGAGUUCUCAAAUGACAGUCGAGAUUCCAUCGACUUUACAGGGCGUCGUGUUCCCCGUGGUCACUUCCAGUGAUACGACGGUGACUGACAACGUCACGAUUGCUGGACCCGCCUUUUUGACUUUCCACUUCAACUCUGAUGGCGAGGACGAACAGUGA